AAGAUCUUAUCAGAUCAAUCUAACUCGCACCAUCACCAGAUCGCACUAACAGCAGUGCCCGACUCUUCUCAUUCGCAAUGGUCUUUUACCCACCAUCAUGGGUGCCAAAACUGCCGAUAGACCCUCCGGAUUCCAUCAGUGUUGCCGAGUUCAUGAGCCCGGAAGAGUAUGGCCGGUAUCCCAUUGCGAAAGCGCGACAUCCAUACACGUGUGGAUUGACUGGAAAGACGCGUACAGCUGAAGAGGUUAUCCGCAGAGAAGACCUCCUUGCGCGGGGCAUCGGCAAAGCCCUUCAACUUGACUCACAAUCCGGGUCGGAAUGGGAUCGUGUCUGCGUCAUAUUCUCUCUCAACACCAUUGACUAUAUCCCCCUCACGCAUUCCAUCCAUCGUCUAAAUGGCGUCGCCAGUCUGAGCAGCGCAGCCCUGUCGGCAUCUGAGUUGGAGCACCAGCUCCGCGCCUCCAGCGCAAGAGCACUCUUUACUUGUGUACCUCUUCUGGAUACUGCGCUCAAAGCUACAGAGGUAGUGGGUAUAUCGCGACAAAAUGUGUUUCUGCUUCCAGUGCCCGGCGACACGAGCAGGCACGGUUUAAAGACAAUAGACGACCUCAUUCAAGACGGAGAGAAACUAACUGCGUUGCCGUCGCUGCGGUGGACAAAGGGACAAGGCGUUCGACAAACAGCCUACCUCCUGUAUUCGAGCGGCACAUCCGGCUUGCCAAAACCCGUCAUGCUCUCGCACUACAACAUCAUAUCAGGCAUCAUUCAGACAUGCACAUUCGACUCGGUCUCCCGAAAAGCCGACGGCAUUGAUACACAAGUGAUGCUGGGAGUGUUGCCAUUCAGUCAUGUCUUUGGGCUGAUGCUUAUCACUCACUUGGGGACCUACCGCGGCGACGAGAUUAUUGUUAUGCCUCGCUUCGAAUUCGAGCCCUUUCUAGCUGCGGUCAGUCGCUUCAAGAUACAGCAGCUCCCUAUUGUCCCCCCCAUUGUGAUUCAGAUGCUAGAUAGGAGGGAGCUAUGUAGCAAGUAUGAUUUGAGCAGUGUCAGGUUUGUGUAUACCGGUGCUGCACCGCUUGGAAAAGAAACUGUGGAUGAUCUGUUGAGUGUCUAUCCGAAGUGGCGUCUUGGACAAGGUUACGGUAUGACCGAGACUGCUACCGUCUUCAUACAAAGCAGCGAGCAUGAUACACAAGUCGGCACAACGGGAUCAUUGCUUCCUGCAGCCAAGGCCAGGAUCGUUGACCCUGAUGGACAAGAGAUCACUGAAUACGAAAAGCCAGGUGAACUGCUUAUCCAAAGCCCAACUGUUUCUCUUGGUUAUUUCAACAACCCAAAGGCUACUGCUGAGACCUUCUUCGAAGAUGGUAACGGCCGCUGGAUUCGAACGGGUGAUGAGGUGCUGGUUCGCAUGUCUGAGAGUGGGAACGAACAUUUUGUCGUUGUUGAUCGAGUCAAGGAGCUCAUCAAAGUCAAGGGCCAUCAAGUCGCGCCUGCAGAGCUCGAGUCACACCUUCUCACCCAUUCCGCCGUGAGCGACUGCGCAGUCAUUCAGAUUCCCGAUGCAAGAGCUGGAGAGGUUCCAAAAGCAUUCGUAGUCAAAGCAAACCAUGCAUAUCAGUCUGAUGAGGAGCUGGCGCGGGAUAUCCAGCGCUAUGUUGAGGAGCAUAAAGCUAGGUAUAAGUGGCUGAAGGGCGGAGUCGAGUUCAUCGAUGCGAUACCGAAAAGUCCGACUGGGAAGAUCUUGAGACGCAAGCUGAGGGAUAGGGAGAGGGAGGCUAGAAAAUCGAGAGGAGCAAAGUUGUGAGUUCGCUGGCAUGCUCUGAGGGAACUUUCAGGCAUGGAUAGACGAUUCUUACUUCUGAUCAUUGACAAACAGAAAUUCGUUACUUCAUAUCGUUAAAACAUCAAGACAAAUACAUAAAAUGAGAACAGUCCAUCCCAGUCACAAGAAGCCACAUGCAAUUACAGCGCGCUCUCAAUCUACAGCUCCUCGGUUCCCUCAGUCUCCUCAUCUCCUCGAGUCUCCUCGGCUUCCUUCUUAGCACCUUCUUUAGAAGACCUCUGAGCGUGCAACUCAACCGUGAUAUGAUCUCCAAUCUGGACCUUACCACCAUACCCAAAGGUAUACCUGACACCAUCACCCGCCUGCUUCUUCUUAUCCCAGUUGCUAAAGUCAACAAGAUCAUCUACUCCCGUUAGUUCAAACCCCUUCACGCGUCAAAGUCACUUACCCUCACAAGCAUCCUUGCCAGGCUCAACCUUACUCCCCGCAAACAAAGGCGCCAACCACGUAACAACACCCGGCGCAAAGAAGGCACUCCCAUCAAUCUCAGCGAUGAACUUGCGCUCCAUCUGCUUACCCUCCUUGACAAGCUCCUCAUGAUACUUGCGUACCGCCCAAGGAAGAUUCUUAUAAUCAGUCCGCAUAACCCUGAAUCCAUCGGGAUGCAUGAAGCGAUCAAAAUCCCCAGGGUACGGAAGAUCACGACCGUCGUCUGUCUUCCAGUGAUUAUCGAGGAAGUUCAUCGCCCAUGCGAUUUCCUUAGGUGCGCGCGAGGGAUCUUGAACGGUGUAGAUCUCAGCUUCGAACUGAGAGCUGACGCGACAAUCUGUCUUCCAGAGAGACUUUUCGUGCGCAGCAUCUGCGAUGCGGAUUUGAUCCAUUAAUUCGUGAGCUUUGGCCGUAUUGCCGUUGACUUGGGCUUCAGCUGCUUGGCGCAUUAUGUCGAGCCUGGCGGUGUCGCCUAUCCGAAUGUCGAUGAGCUGCGCCGUCGCCUGCGAGGCGAGCACAGAGAGGAUCGCGUUGGUUGGCUUCAUUGUUGUUAGCGGUGAGAUUGUGAUGUGAAACGGUGACAGGCUGACAAGGCUGGGUGGGAAUAUUUAUCGCAACAGAGCUCGGUCAUUUCCUG